ACCGUUUUCGUGUCAGUUCAGUCAGUUGUUUGAAGUUCGACCGUUACGCGCGGCGUCCUCCGUACGUAGCAGCCGGGAGUCGGUCGGUGAUAGUUUUGUUGUUUCGGGGUGUUUCGCUGGGUUUCAUAGUUCGCACUCGCGAUCACGUGUGUCAGUGAGGUUUCGCGGAUUUGCGGGAGUCGCUGUUUGCGUUGUAUGGGCCGAGUGCCGAGUGUUCGUUGGGUAGUGUUUUUGGUCUUGUUUUUCUCCCCAUCCUCCACCCCCUUUUUGGGGACAGGUUCGCUCAAACAAGAUCUGUUGACUGGGAUUUUUGUGAUGAAUUCGUUAAGUUUGGUGUGAAGUUAAUGGAAAUCGCUUAAUUUGAGUGAAGUAAGGCAGUUUACAUACUUAUUGUGGAUAGUUGGAGCCGUUGCUGUAUUGACGUAAUCAAGUUCGAAUUCUACCGUGGAACGUAGUUAUCGACUUUGCACACAUAUAGAAAGCAUACCUCGCCAAUAGUAAGGUGUGCUGUAAAGGCUAAAGGCCAUUGGAAGGCGUUGGAACUUUUUGCUGCCUGUGGAUUAGCUUCCGUUUACCGGAUGUUUGGAUAUAUGUAUAGAAUUGUCCGCGGUUGACCUUCUGACUCUGAGCAAAUUUAGGGGUUUUCAACCGGUCAUCAUUUAAUUUGCGUUGGGCUCGUGUUACCCUUUGGAGGAAUAUACAUAUAUCAGCCAUCAUUCGUCGUUACAGCAACAACAAUUAAAAAUAAUAACAGCAACUUCGACGACAACGACGGCGGGAUCCAGAGAAGCUCCGUUAACUUCGUACACUUUGCGUCGAUUUUGACUGUCCAGUCCAGCAGCGUCCAGAACCUGUUCUUCUUUGUCUGUGGAGCCCCGGCAGUUUGAGGAACGAGAUUCUAUGACCCCAGAGGUGGUGUCAUCACCCUAGUCGCGUCAUCAUUAGCGUGUCUUUUGUGUGCCAUUGUAACCUGUCUGCUGCAUUCUCCUCGACGAAAACGAAACGAAAUCUCAUGAAUGUGAUAAUUAAUCAACCUUAGAGUUUAAUAAAGUUCGUAGCAGCACUUUAAAGGUAGAUUGACGUUGUUUUGUGCGUUGCGUCGCGCCAGACUACCCCUACUAGAGGAGAUAUAAAACAUGGGAAACUCGACGUCGUCACACGAACCGCUGGAGCGGGGCUUUACCCGGGGGACUUACGGCGAUGUAAAAAAUACGAAAGCGGCAUCUUUUCGGCACAGCAAACGAUCGCCGAAGAAGAUGGACCGGUUGCGGAAAUCGUUUCGAGAUUCGUUCCGGCGUCGCAAGGACCGUGUUCCGGAGGCGGCAAAGCCGCACCAAUGGCAGUCGGACGAGCAGGCUGUCCGGUCCGCUACCUGUACGUUUUCGGUUAAAUAUUUGGGAUGCGUGGAAGUUUUCGAGUCCCGCGGGAUGCAGGUGUGUGAGGAAGCGCUGAAGGUUUUGAGGAACUCUCGGCGCCGUGCAAUAAGAGCUCAGCUGCACGUCAGCGGUGACGGAUUACGAGUUGUUGAGGAUGACACUAAGGGACUGAUCGUGGAUCAAACCAUCGAGAAGGUCAGCUUCUGUGCACCGGAUCGGAACCAUGAGCGUGGUUUCAGCUACAUUUGUCGCGAUGGCACUACAAGGCGAUGGAUGUGUCACGGCUUUCUAGCGGCGAAGGAUUCAGGCGAGCGACUAUCGCAUGCCGUAGGCUGUGCGUUUGCGGUUUGUUUGGAGCGUAAGCAAAGACGCGAUAAGGAGUGCGGUGUAACGAUGACUUUUGACUUGAAGAAUUCUACUUUCACAAGGACGGGCUCAUUCCGGCAGCAAACGAUGACGGAACGGAUGAACAGUGCAGAAACGGCGAUAGUUCCCCCCACGCAGAACAACAAUGUUUCGAAACCGGUAAAUCCGUUUGCAAUCGAGCGACCGCAUGCCACACCAUCGAUGUUGGAACGGCAGGGAAGUUUUCGGGGAUUCACACAAAUCGGCCAGGCGUCUCCUUUCAAGCGGCAAAUGUCUUUGAGAAUAAAUGAUCUACCUUCCAAUGCCGAACGUCAGCGUGCUUUCCUGGAACCAACAACGCCGCAUCGAACAACUGUCUCCCCGAUACCGGAAGUUUCCCCCCAGCCUACGGAUACCGUUAGUCAACUGUGCCAGGAGCUCAGUCAAGGACUGUCGCUGCUAACCAGGAACGAUGCUGACGAUUUCUACUUAGAGAAAGAAACGAAGAAUUUGAAUUCCGUGUCUAGUAACAGCACUUCUGUCAUCGGAAACUACAUUAAAAUGUCCUCCACCACUAGUCCAGUGGACCUAACGGCCGCCAGCACUAAUCCAAUAACGUCUGUCUUCAGUCCCAGUCCGGUAAUUCUUUCGCAACCGACGAUUCCGCCCCGGUCACUGUCGCCGAUGAACAAACAACAAACGCUGGAUCUCACGCACAGUUCGGUUUUGCCUGCCGUAAAUCCGCUCGCCACCGCCACCAGCGUAGUAGCUCCUGUAUUUUCUUCGGCAUCCAACGGUGAUACCGCUGCCGCCGCGCCGAAAGUGUUCCCCGUGGAAACGGCCUCGCCGCUGCCCAAUCCGGAACAGUGGCUCGGUCAGAUAGUGAAGAAUGUUUCGCCAUCGCCGAGGAGGGCACCGUCGCUGCACACCCGCGCCAAGUCGCUGAGCGCUGCCGAUCCGUUCGACGCCGAGUGGGUGGCCGAAGUGGCCCAACCGGAGAUUCACAGCACAAAUCCGUUCAUUUCGCCACCGAAACCACCAGCCGAAAGCUUUCAGGUGCAUCUCUGAAAUUGGCUGCGUGAGUAAGCGAGUAAGCGAGGGGCGGGCGUUGGAAUGAACGCAAUAGAACGGAGAGAGGAAUUUCACGAAACGGUGCUUGUCGUUUAGGUGUAGUAGUUGUUAGCUUGGGGCUUGAGAGGAUACGUUAGAGUUGAUGAGUUUAGCAUCUGUAGCCCCGAUGAAGCGUAGGGAAAACAUGCAUUGUGUACUUAUUCAAAAUCACUCAAACAUUCUAAUAGCAUUUAUUUUUUGAAUGGAAUUUUGAACUUCACGGAAAGGAAAACAAAAGGAAAGUCUGUCGCUGUGCAUUAUUGCUUGAGCUUGGGAUUGAUUCCUUGCAAUGGAAAGCUUCAGCUGCCUGUCGAAGUUCCGGUUUUUGUUUAGUAGCUUUGCACUGGGCAGCGCCGAAAAGAUCGUAAAUCAAGACACUGGCAAUGUUUGUCAUUAAUGUUGUUUUCGACAGCUGGUUUGUCGAAUAAUCAUUGCUUCGAGUUGAACGUGCUUGUUGGAUCUUGCAUCUCGGCCACACCAAUACUGCAUGCACGGUGUGGACUAAAAGCAAAAGCAAUUUAAAGUCGCAUUAAAAAUUUAAUGCAAGUCGUUUCAGACGGUGGCGUUUGAAAAAUUGCAGCCCAAGUUUUAUUGUUUCAUUUCCUAAUCAAGCAGAUAAUUUCAUUGAUGACAAAAAUCGCAUUCUUGUUUGACUACAUCAGCGACAGACUGAGACUAAGCAAACGUCAUUCGUUUGCUAGGGUGGAUCCAUCGAUGUAGGAGGGAUUUACAAAUCCACAAAACACCUUUCGCAGAGAAGCGCGUAUCUCAAAAGAUAAUUUGUUUGCAAUGCAACAAAAACAGCUUCGGUGGCUUUUCCUGUAUACCUUAUAACAGAAACAAUUUAUUCCCUGUUCACAGAAAGUGAAAUCCGGACGAAGUAAAAAAAAAUAGGCAACUUAAACAAAGCAAAAUGAUAAAAACGAACAAAAUUAUUAUUCCAGUUGAAUAGACAUACAUACAGACAUAAGCACAGAUCCCAGACAAAGCCAGUCGAACAGCUUCGUUUACUGUUCAAUUUGUUUUUGUUCGUGUAAAUACUGAGAAUCUCGAGAAAAAAACAGAAGAAAACAUCAAUAGAUCAUAGACCAAAUCAAAGUGACGUCAUGAAUCAGAUUUGACAGAUACGGUAGCCUUUGUAUAUAUAAGUGGUACCAUAGAAGAUAUCAAGUAUGCCUUGGAUUAUAGUCACCAUGGUAAAGCAGGAAGUUGUUCAUUAACAAUUUAGGUUCCUUCGAAUAAAGACAUUAUUUUACUUUUCAGCACUGCAACGAAGCGCUCCAGAACAACUUCUUGAAUCUCUUUCAGUUACUGUUAAGGAGGCCUUUCGACCGCUUGUUUUCAAAGCAUGAAGAUCCACGGCACAACCACGAGAUUACAGUUUCGAUCAAGUUGUUAACAAACUUACAUUGAUUUUUAGACAGUAGAAAUCAUUAUUCCGCAAGCGAACCAAUUCCAUCCAGCUCAUCAAUGAUGAUGCAGACGACUUCGUAAGGCAUGCCGGGAAUAGGUAAUCGACAAUGUGAAGAGCUUCGAGCUUCAGCGUCUGUCCGUGAACCAGUUCAAAAGUUUGGUUUUCAUCUGCGGUCUAAAAUCAGCAAAGGAUACCGACCAGCGAUAGAAUUCAACUUCUCGCAAAACUUGAAUCUGGACCACCAGAUUGAUGCAAUGAACUUUAAAGGCUUUGUAACUGAAUGUCAGCAUCUCGAAACCGAAGCACGAAAUGGCGUUGAUAGAGAAGAAGCGAACUUUUCAUCGGUGCGAGCUCUUCGGAACUACAAAAAGAAGUAAGGCUUUACAAUGUAAAAUCGUCAGGAGAACAUUUUCCUCCAUCUCCAUGAUUGCAACAAGUAAGUGGAAAUGUGGAAAAACAGGUCACAAAGAAAACUACUGGCGUUGUUCGGCGAAAACUCACCGCUUAGACGUCGGAAUCCAAAAAAAGAAGUUGUGCGAGAUACAGUUGGAUUGGGGGUCUGACGUUUCCGUAGUCACGGAACAAACCCUGAAGAACAGAUUGGCGCACUGGCUACAGAAUCAACGAACGUGGAAGCUGCAACUGCAUCUAGUGAACAGUUAGAUCUUGUACGUGAGCUAACCUGUAAUAUUUCAAUUAAUGAAAAAACACGACCAGCGGGAUCUGACAUUAUGUUGGAUUAGAUAAGAUGGAUCCAUUUGUUUUUAUGAUCAAAGUCAAUAGCAUCGUUCGGUAAAAAGGUACAACGAUCCGUUGUUUCUUCAUCAUUCAAUGUUCUGCAAGUUUUUCAAGUGACUUUGAGAGUAUGCUUUUAAUUUGCUACCAGAGAAGUGCCGAUGUUGUCAGAAACUGAUCAAACAUCUUGGAGUGAUAGGUAAUAGUAACGGAAUUCGUUUUGAUUCUGCCAAAGUAAUGAAUAUACCUGCAUCAACGAAUGUAACAGUGCUUCGUUCAUCCCUGGCAGCUGUUAAUUUCUACGGCAAGUUUGUUCCCUCGACAGGUUUCUCAAGAAAGAUGUAAAGUUUAGUUGGAGUUCAAAAUAUCAACACGCAUUUCUGAAUAUAAAACGAGUUUUGCGAUAGAAUCUCCUUUUAACAUACUACAAUACACAAUAGGAAAUUUCUGGUGAUGCAUCAAAAACAGAGCGCUCAACGGAGCAGAGGAAAAUUACAGCUAAACAGAGAAAGAAACUUUAGCAUUGAUUUACGCUGGUGCAUAGUUCCCUCGUAUGCUGCGGGACGAAAAUUCAUCCUCCAAACUGACCAUAAGCCAUUACUAAAAGUUUUCAAAUCGAAAAAAAGGAAUAUCUGUAUACACUGCAAAUCGACUCCAUAGCGAUGGGCUCUCACUCUUUUGAGUUUCGGGACUUCGAGGUUGAAUACAUCUCAACGCAGAAUUUCGUAGAACAUUGCCGGACUCUAAUUACCCUGGACGAACCAAAAAGAUAUGCUCAAAAUCUCUGGGAUUCCUCGCAUUGGAAUCAAUCGAAUCCAACAAGCGAAUCUCCAGGAUUGCUAUAACUCGGUAAACUCUUCACUAUGAAAUGGGAAUCCUCGGAAUUCCGAAAGCAGCAAUCGUGUGUGUGUUAGUAACAGAUGUUCGAAAAGAUUUAGGCUGCUACGGUUAUUGAUCCAGUUCUCGAGAAGGUAAUUUGCUACAUUCAGAAUGGGUGACGCUGACAAACCCGCGGUAAAAUGACGUUGGAGAUGCUAGUGUUCGUGAAUUCUACAGCCACUGCGAAUCCGUGGUUAACGAUUGGGCUCCGUGGUUAACGAUUGUGUGCUUAUCAUGGAAAGAAUUGUUGUUCCCGACUGUUUUCGUAAACUCGUUCAAGGACAUACUGAUAUUGAAAUAUUUAAGGCUUGAUGCAACGUUAUUUCUGAUUUUGUCCGACUGUAACAACGUCUAUGCAUCUACAGCAACAUCCACACCUCCUUCCCAGCCACAACCACGGCCUCGCACUGAAGAACGAUAGCAGCGACUUCAUUUGGAUUUUGCUGGGCCAAUAAAAGGUCCUGGAUUGCUAUAGUAAAUGACAGGAGAUUCUUUAUACUAGAUCUUAUGUCAGUUCGACUACUAUAUCUUCCCUACGUGAAUGCUUCGCCCGUUUUGGAAUCCCUGUUUUAUUUGUAUCCAACAACGAGAGCCAGUUCAACCGAGUGCUGAGUUCCGUGUUUUCUGUGAAGAAUUGGGAUUAUUACAUUUUUGUACUGCACCGUAAAAUCUGCGAGCUAAUGGUCAAGCAGAACGAUUUGCAGAUAUAUUGAAACGAUCCCUGAGAAAAAUUAUCGGGGAAGGAGAAAUGCCAAUGUCAAUUGCGCUCCAGAUAUUUUUGCAAAUCUACGAGUCUACACCGUCAGUAGUGCGUAAUGGUAACUGUACAUGUCAUCAACUACAAGGACAUACCAUGAGAACCUUUUUUUAAACGUCUACAAUCGAUAAACAAAGCUUCUGUUCAACUCAAAGCAGUUCUCCGGAAAAAAAUCCAAAAUUGGAAGACAUAAGGUAUUGUGUUUGUACCUGAAUCAAUCGAUAUCAAGUAUGGUAGAUUCAACUGAAUUCCGUUGAAUAUUUUGUUGGAUGACUUUGGUAUAAGUAAAUCCACCGAGAAUUAAGUUCAAAUGCGUCAAAACUCAAUAGGACCAGCGUUUGCGAAUGUUUCUUCAGAAAGGCUUACAUUGCCAGUUACAGCUGAACCUGUUCCUAGUUUUUCAAUGCCGGAUGAUAACAUGUCACACACAAGACCAACGUCCGGUUUGAGCUGUCCGGCUGCCGAGAAAACUUAACGAUUACCUGAUGUAUUAACUUGAAGUAAAUAAAUUAAAUUAAAUUAAAUAAUUGUGAAAUGGGAAAUGCUGCCGAUUAAUCAAGUAUGGCUUGGGUUAUAAGGCCCUAAUAUGUAAGUCGAGUCAUCAAGUGUCGAGUACGGAGAGAACGGACAUCCUGUAAAAUGUUAAACAAACACGUUACGUUUGAUACAAAUCGAAAAAGACCAGUCCAAAGUGUAAACCAAGGCGUCAGUAUCAGUCAAUUGAUGAUGUUAAGAUUUGGUCUAUAUCUAGGAUCACAUUAAACCAUUCAAAAAGGAUUUAUAUUUUGUUUAAUUUGUUCUUAUCUUUUCCCCAAUCCGACGACGUUCGUUCAAUGCAUAAGUUUAUCGUAAGGCUGUCUGGUCACAAAUGCAAUCUGCUUCAAAAGCUAGAAAACAUCGUAUAAUACGGUAUACCUAAGUAAAAAAUAAAAACACUCUCAAAAGACAGUUUGCGUGGAAACAAACAAAAAACAAAAAACAAAAACGAUGCAGCUUUUUAAACAAAUAAGUGAAAUAGUACAGCCGGGUACUUAAUAAGCUGAAGGAUAAAAUAAAUUGCUGGCUUAAAGCAAGAGAAAAUGCUAGCACAAAAUGCAGGCUUCAAUGGACGAAAAAAAUACAAUAAAAUGAACUACACAUCCAAACAUGCAAAAAAAUACACAUAAUGAUAACUGAUAACAAAAAAACUAACGGAAUAGAAAUAUAUCUAGACUAAGAUGAGCAUUCGAUUAAAGUUCACUUCGCGACUGAACCGCACACACUCCUUAUGUUUUUGUUUUGUGUAUCACGUCACGUGAUACGCCAGCGCAGUUCAUCGCAGUUACGUUCAUUUUAGCGGAAAAGUAUUAGUAAAAGCGAAACAAUGUGUGUACUUAAGUGCGAAACUGGGUGGUUUAAUAGGUGUACAUAUACGGUUGCUUUCAGGCUUAUCUUUUUUUGUAUGUACAUAUUUGUAAAUAAAUUGCAUAAAUCUUGUUUUCGAAAGAGAAUUCAAAUUCUGAUCAAUGUUGCCAGCUUGAUCCUACAAAAAAACAAACGCUACCGAAAUUUGUUACAAUUACAAACCCUUCAGUUUCCUUAGUUCCGCGAGAUCUUUUUCGUAUACGGGUGAAUCGAGGCGACCCGUUCUAGGUUCAAUGUAUAGCCAAUAUUUGUACACUAAAUGUUUCUAUAUUUCAGAUUUAUACCAACACAGUUGUACAGAAUAAUCCAGAUCUUGUAACAUAAUUUCCAACAAUUACGGAGUAGGCAUAUAAUUUAGAGUAAAAUAAAUGUUUAGUAAAAAUCAAACCAUUUGAAGCUUUCGUUUUUUUUCUGUUCCACACACUUCAAUGAAACAUUUCAUUUUGCUGCCGCCUUAAGGUUGAAAUAUUUCCACCGAUUCAAGAUUGGUUUGUGCCCUGGCUUGGUUGGAAAAGUUUUUUCCUUUUUGGUUCCAGUUUUUAAAAACUAAACAAAAAUAUCUACUACCCUACAAAUAAUAUGCAACAUAUCAAGUUAGAAUCACACUAAACCACUAGCCUUUGAGCCGACGAAUACACAUUGUUAUACACUGUAUUCAACUAUCACGUAAAAGAGUAUCUUGAAUUUACCACCAGAACGAAACGGAACUUACUUCACUCAAGUUUACAUUUGUCGAGAGAUAAAAUCUAAUUGUGAUUGUUUUUUAUUAUUCCAUUAGUGAAAAAAAGUCUAUUGAUAGAUAUAUUUUACCCGAUAUCCGAUAUAUACCUUAUUGACUCAAAAUCAAACGCUUUAAUAUAGCAAAACAAAACAAAACAAAAAUGGAAAACAUAUUGCGCUCUGAUUCGAGCGAGUGUCGGUGUAGUAGCCAGAUUUCGCUGCAUGUUGAAUAAUAAAAUGGCAAAUUGGUCCGUACCAGCAGCGGAAGGGGUCUGGAUCCUAUUCUGGAAGGCUCGUCCCUACACUAUAUAGGAAGAGCCCUGUGGUAGUAGCCAGUAGGUAGAUUCACGCAAUAAAAAUGCUUUCAAUGUUGCGCGCGUUCGUGAUGUGCGGCGAGGACCCAAAAUAGGCGAUUACGAUAUACAUAUAUAUUGUAACCGUACCAAUUUAUUGCAUUGUUGAUCAUUAUAUGAGAUAUUGAAUUAUAUU